AUGCAGGAGCCAUCGCCUCCUUCUCCGCUCUCCACCCCCGCGGCCGACGACGACGACGACGCCACUACAAUCGUCCCCGACUCCCCUCUCGAGUCCAUGGAGCUGAUCAGUGUCGCCGACAUCGCUCCUCCGGCGACGGACGCGGAUCAGGCUGCUGCUGCGUCUGCAGAGAGCGCUGCGUUGCCGAUUGGACAUCUUUCCGCGCAGAAGCAGACCAGCUCCGCGGCGGUCGUCAACGAAGCACCUCCACCAAUCCCAGAAGCCCAGGAACGACGCGCUACAAACAAGCGAAUCCCCUUCUUCCCCGACACCCUCCUGCUCGGCCGCCAAACCAACCCGCGCACCACCCCCACCCGCGACAACGGCUUCUUCGACUCCCGCGUGCUCAGCCGCCAGCACGCGCAGAUCUGGGCCGAUCCGACGUCGGGCCAGGUCUGGAUCCGCGAUAUAAAGUCCGCGAACGGGACCUUCAUCAACGGCCACCGGCUCUCGGGCGAGAACGAGGAAUCAGAGCCAUACGAGCUCAAAACUGACGACACGCUCGACCUCGGCAUCGACAUCUCGAGCGAGGAGUCAAAGACUGUGCUGCACAACCGGGUUUCUGCAAAGGUGCUUAAAGCAGGGUUUGCAUCUUCGCCGCCGCACUUCAACGCGAGCCUGGGCGAUUUCGUCGGCUCUGCAGACUCGCCGUCUUCUCUUGAGCUUUUAUCGCAGUUUGGUAACAACAAUAACCGCAAUUCCAUGAGCGCGUUCAUGGACGCCUCCGACCCGCACAACUCCAACGGCCUCUUCUCCCGCAGCGCGUACAGCAGCAUCUCAAACACAGGCCUCCUGCCCAACGGCGCCGGCACGAUGGCCGCCUCACUCAAAACGAUCGGCGGCAGCGCGAGCAGUGGAGGAAGCAGCGGGGGUAAACCGCGGCAACGCAUAAUCUCGCGCAUGAUGGCGACGAACUCGGCGACCGCGCUCAAAGGGCCGAUUUCGCUGGAGAUGGUGAUUAAGAAGAUUAAUAGCGAGGUGCAGUUUGCAAAGGCGCAGAAUAUGGACUUGCAGCGCGCGAUGCAGCUGUUUGAGUCGAUGGCGCAGGCGCAGGCCGGGUCGGCGCAGCGGGCGGCGAAGGUUGCGGCGGGGGUCGAGACUGCAGAGAACAGCAACAACAAGGCUGCAGAGGUGUCUACGAGCAAGGAAUCGUCGAGCUCCGACAAAGCCGCAAAGCUGCUGGAAGCGAAUGUAGCAGCCGACUCAAUCAACCACACAGCCGAGACGCAGCAGAAACUACUCUCGCUAACCGUUGCGCUAAAGAGUUUAGAGCAGGAAGCGCAGGAAGCCAACGAGCGGAUGCGGUCGUUGGAAAGCCUGCUUGAGCGGGAGUCGUUUGCGCGGGAGCAGGCCGAGUCGAAACUCGUGCUUGCGCAGCGGGAGCUCGAGCUCGAGCGCGAGCAGGCGAUCAGUGAUUUGUGCGCGGAGGACGACGAGAAUGAGCUGGGUCCGCUUGUGGCUGCGGAUGAGGCGGAUGCGGAGGAGGGUGGUGGAGGAGGGGCGGAUACGAUGGCGUUGAUUGAUAAGGAGCAGAAGCGACGGAUGCGGUCGGGAAGCACGCAGAGCGCGUCGUCAGUGACGAGUAACGGCAGCAGCAGCAGCAGCAGCAGCAGCAGCAGCAGCAGCGGCAGCGACGGCAAGGCAAUGACGAUAGGCCAGGCGUUGGCGCAGCUGGAGCAGACGCGGAGAGACCAGCAGCACUGGGAGAUCCGCGCGCUGAAAGCCGAGCACGCGGCGGAUGAGAAUGCGCGCGCGCUGGAGAAUCUGGUGCAGCAGAUGCAGGGGGAGAAAGGGAUUCAGUUUGUGCCGUCGAGUCCUGGGUCGAGUCCGACGCGGAGCGGGGGGAGGUUUGGGCGGAUGAGCACGAGCACGACGUCGUCGUCGUCGCCGCAGCAGCAGCAAGGGAUGCCGCGGAUAUCGACGCUGACGCCGGAGCAGUUCAAGAAAGCGCGGAAGAUGUCGAGCGAGGCUGCGGGCGGUGAUUCCGACGAGAAGAUCCCGCGGCUGGCGUACACGCCUUUGAAAGGCAAGUCGCUGAGUCAACUGCAGCACAGGGGAGAGAAUAAGGGGAAUGUGACGGUGCGGGUGGUGGUGCCGCUUGUGUCGUCUGUUGUGGUUGUGGUUGUGGGGAUGGGGAUGAUGAGUGUGUUGAAUGGGUUGGCGUGA